AUGAAUCGUCGCAAAGGAAAAGCCGAAAAAGAAACGUUUUAUAGUUCAUUAUUUCGGUCGUAUACCUAUCCUGGACAUUUUGUUCUUUAUUUCAUCAAUGAAUGCACGACAGUACAAGAAACUAACGAAUUGUUAUUUGCUGUGAAAAAUACAACGAAUUUUUGUAUCGACACGGAAGGUGAUCAGUUCACGAAUCGUCCGGCGCUUAUGCAACUUGCUUUUAUUCCCUCAGAUAACGAACAAGUUGUAGUCCUGCUCGUUGAAGUUCGUUUUUUACCAACAAUAACAUCCCAGCGGUUCCUCGAUUUGCAAAAAUUGUUUCAACACAUAUUUUGCGAUGGUAAUCACAUUUUCUGUUGGGGUGAUCCAUUAGAAGAACUAAAACCUUUGUUACAAUUCUCCCUAUUUUCAUUGCCCAACAUCGAACAUUCUCAUAAUGUCCAAGGUGUGUUUUCUUCGUGGUUUAAUUCGUGGUUACAUUCGAAAACAACAGCAGUUGAUGAUGCCGUAGAUGAUCGAUUAGAAAUACAUGCACCUGAUUACGAUCCAAUGUUGUUUCUUCCACCUCAUAUAUUUAAUGAACAAAAGAUGAUUACUCGUGCACUUUGGAGUUUACAAGAUGCAGUGGCCUAUGUGCUCGAACGAUAUUUAUCCAAACGCGAAACACUUCAGAAAUGGUCCAUUGGUCUCGAUUAUCGUUUAUCGAAUCAGGAUUCUCGAUUAUCUCUUCAUCAUCGCAACAAUAUGAUUUCAUACGCUACGAAUGACGUGUUAUCAUUAACACAACUCAUCUUGUUCAUGUACAACUCAUCAAAUUUUAUCCCACAUCUUGCUAUUGGAGAGUAUUUUAUUUUGUUAAAAUCUAAAUGUAUGUUUUCAAUUUCUUCUUUAGUCAAACAAAAAGACCAAGGUCGGACACAGUUUGUACUGUCGGAUUUAGAGAGUGAUUGUGAUGAAGAGUUGGCGGUUCAUGGUUCAAAUGAACGUCAAGUACCAUCAUUUUCCUCUCCUCUUAUGUUUUCGGUAUUAGCAACGACAUCUACUUUUAAUGAUUUAGCAACUGUCGAUGUUCAUCGACAAUGCUUUUCAACAACACGAGUCGAUCCUAUUAGUUUAUCUCCGCAAAUGUUAAUUGAACAAGUACCAGCAACUGUUGUAUCAUCUCAAUCGACGGAUCAUUGUCAUUUUGAUGUGGCGAUUACUCGAAAGAAACGUCAACAAAAAAAUCGACGAUCUACUAAAGCAAGAAAACGGCGAAAUCAAAAGACGAGCUCCCGACAUCGGCGCAAUCGAUAUCAAUUCGUGAUUCAACGGGAGUCAAAUCUUGACGUCACCACGGUUAAGAAUAUCCUUCGUCAGCUCCAAAUCAAGCCUACAAAUGUUAAUCCGGUGCAUUCGAUUAUGUUCAUUGGAAUCAAAUCACAUCGCGAGCAACAAUACUAUGAACAGUUAUUACCAUUUGAUAUCUUCCUCUAA